AUGGACGCGUAUUCAGGAUACAACCAGAUCUUCAUGGACCCUGCCGAUAGAGAGCAUACGGCAUUCAUCACAGAUCGCGGUUUGUACUGUUACAACGUCAUGCCCUUCGGCCUGAAGAACGCGGGGGCAACUUACCAACGGCUCGUCAACCGGAUCUUUGCUAAAUACAUCGGCGGCAUCAUGGAGGUUUACGUUGACGACAUGUUGGUAAAGAGCCGAACGGCGGGGGGAUCACCUUGA